AGAUGGCAGUACUGUACAGCCAUGCACGGUAGCCAUCGACACUAAUAGAUCGGGGGAAACAAAAUGGCCUUUGAUGGAGAGGACGCUCCUGCAGUCGUUAUCAUCGUGUUCUUAAUCCACGCGUACACACGUGGGUGGUGUAACAGAAUAAACACCGUUUAUAAGUCUUCGUAUCCGUAAACAUUAGCGUGAACGCGCCUGGGCGCUUCUCGGGCUAGCUUAGCUUGCUAGCUGCUAACAAAGAGACGCGGACGGUGUCAACAUAUUGCCAGGCAGAGAUCCAGAUCCAGUGAGCGUCAAGUCUUGAGAUUAAAGUGUUGGGAUUGUGUGAAAUGUGCGAAAGAACCAUCGCAGAGUACCAGGAGGAACUUUCUCCAACAAAAGAGGAGGAGCGGCAACUACUGGACGCCGUUUUCAGGAAGCAUCGGGUUGUGUCUCACAGAGCAGAUGUUCUGGACUGGAGCUCUGGUGUGGAGCAGGAGGAGCCCCGGUCCCCUCACAUUAAAGAGGAAGAGGAGGAGCCCCAUCCCCCCCACGAUGAAGAGGAAGAUAAGGAGCCCCUGCCCCCCCACAUUAAAGAGGAGGAGGAGGAGCACAGCAUCAGCCAGGAGGGAGAGCAUCCGGAAGGACCGGAGGAGUUCCCAGUGAUCGGUGUCAUUGUGAAGAGUGAAGAUGAUGAAGACGACGGUGAAGGUGAGGAGAAGAGAGAGGCGGAGCCUCCAACAGAAGCUGAUGGAGACCACUGUGGAGGAUCACCAGCAGACAAGCUCUUAGCUCCACUAUCAGAUAGUGAGCACACGACGUCACACUCUCCUGACACUGAUGAUGAUGAUGAUGAAGACUCUACAGCUGAUAUGACAUGUCACCCUGACAACACACGCUUGAAAUGCCACCACUGUGACAAGAGCUUUACGGCCAAGGCGUUUUUGAUAAGACACAUGAGAAGUCACACCGGAGAAAAACCUUUUGCUUGCUCAGUGUGUAACAAAAGAUUCUCCCGCCAGGAUUACCUGAAAAGACACGUCAGAACGCACACUGGAGAAAAACCAUAUUCCUGCUCCAUCUGCAGCAAAGGUUUUCAUGAAAGUUCGGCACUGAUUAAGCACACAAGAAUACACACGGGUGAGAAACCUUUCAUCUGCUCAGUUUGCGGGAAAGGUUUAGCAUUCAAAACGCAAUUAGCAAGUCACAUGAAAACACACACUGGACAGAAACCUUUUCCCUGCUCCAUCUGCAGCAAAGCGUUCCGCCAGAGGUCGGCAUUGGUGCGACACAUGAGGAGACACACGGGGGAGAAACCGUUCUGUUGCCACGUGUGUGCUCAAAGAUUUUCUCAAAGGCAAAGUUUGAAAACACACAUUCGAGGGCACACCGGCGAGAAACCAUUUCCCUGCUCAGUCUGUGGCAAACGAUUUACUCGAAAUACAAAUUUGAUGGCGCACACAAGACGACACACGGGAGAGAAAGUGUUUAGCUGCAGCGUGUGUGAUGAAAGAUUCUCUUAUAAGUACCAGGUCAGCAAUCACACGUGUGCUGGGGAGAGCAGCAGCAAAUAAAUAGAUCUUAUCUUAUCUUAUCUUAUCUUAUCUUAUUCUGUCGCCAUCUCGUGUGACGUCUUCGUAAUACUGUCUUCUUCAUGCACGUCGACCAUUUCAAUGCAGUAAAACAACUCACUGGUUUCACUCAGACCGAGCAGUGUCCCACCCAGAAGAGGACGGCUCGGUGAGCCAGUAGACCCCUGGUCAUGGUCCAGACGUUCCUUCCUGAAGGACUGCUUGUUGGGAUCAGCCGUCCGAGGUUAAACUGCUGAAGAAAUAAAGGGAACACCAAAGUAACACGUUGUAGAUCUGAGUGAGUGAAAUAUUUGGAUGAGAUACUUUGUUCUUUCCAGCUGGGAUAGGCUCCAGCACCCCGGCAACCCUCGUGAAGAUAAGCGGUAGAAAACGAAUGAAUGUUCUUUCCAUGAUUGGAUGUGCUGACAAUAAAAUCACCCAAAAAUGAUCAAUGAAAGUCAAACGUAUCAACCCGUGGAGGAAUGGACUUGGAGUUAAACUCCAAAUGAACGUGGAAGAACCCACUACAGGCUGAUCCAACUUUGAUCUUUUAAACAAGUCAAAAUGAGGCUCAGUCGUGGGUGUGGCCUCCGCAUGCCCGUGUGACCUCCCUACAAAGCCGAGGCAUGCUCCUGAUGAGGCGGCGGCGUUCUCCUACGGGAUCUCCUCCCAGACCUGGACUCAAGCCUCCACCAACUCCUGAACAGUCUGUGGUCCAACCUGGCGUUGGUGGAUGGAGCGAGACAUGAUGUCCCAGAUGUGAUCCUUUGGAUUCAAUUGGAUCAAUGUUCUCAAUGUUCUCUGUCGUCUUGGCUUCGUGCCCUCAACAGUUCCAUCUAGAUUUCCACCACUGUGUGUGUUGUAGAACUCAGUAAAUUACUUUCAUGUACGUUUUCAUAACAUGUGCCAAUAAGUUUAAUUGCAUGUUAAGGUCUUGAUCACGUGGUCACGCAUCCAUGUGUGAUCCAAGUGCAAUGACUCGGUGUUACCGCUAGAUGGCUUCAGAGAUCCCAAUCCUUUGAAAGCUUUGUGUUCAUGCAGUCUUGUGUCUACUGUCCAAUUGUAUGGUUGCACCACCUUGCUCAUGGGUUGUGGCAGGGACCGUGGAGGUUUUUAGAUGAUUUAUUGUAACAAAUGUAAACAAACAGCCAAACAAAAAGCAGCAUGGUGCAGCGUGAAGUCCAGGAGAGGAGAGAGCUGCUGGGGGUGGAGCGUCCGCCCAGGUGCUGCACCAAAUCAGCCAAUCAUUGCGUUUCUUCUCUGGCAAAGAGACAAGAGCUUCUCCAACUCAGGGAGCGACUGAGAAGAUUUUAAGCGACCACACAACCAACUGUCAUCCAGCUCCAGCUAACCGUCCCCCUCCUGCAAGGACACAGGACCGACAGCUAGGACAGGCCGCACAUGGUCCUUCGGGUUAGCUAACCAUCAGCUCGUCGGGAACACGCUUUUCUCCGGCCGGGUGUUGAAAUAAAAGAAUUCAAAUGUGAAACCUGGUCCGUCACAGGAAAAGGACCGGUAUGCUUAGCUUGAAAUGUGAGCUCACUACAGGCCAGAGCCAAAACCUGGUCUCCUGGACUGAACUGGUGUUGCUCUCGACGGUCAUAUAGGAGUUUCAUGUUUUGCUGAGACUCACAAUUUCUCCUUUGCCAUAAUUAUUAUUAUUUAUUAUAUACGGGAGCCAGGCAACAACAUUUCGUUGGCAAUUUCACUGCUGUGUUAUUGUGCAAUGACAAUAAAGAAAGUCCAUCAUCUAUCUGACCCGCAACAAAAGGCCAUUUCUAAAAGCAUUGACAGAAUCCACCAGGUUUUGAACCCAAUUGUCCCUUCUGGAAAACGGGGGACCAGCACCUUGUGGCUAAAACCUGUGCUAGACAACAUUUA